AUGAACAAGACCUCAGUCAACAUCAUUUAUCUUCUGGGAUUUCAGAAUGUUCAUAACUACAGAGGUGUCCUCUUUCUCAUAUUUCUUCUCCUCUAUGUGGUAACCAUAUUGGGCAAUCUUUUGAUUACUUUUCUUGUGUCAUGGAGUCAUAAUCUUAGCUCUCCUAUGUACUUUUUUUUGAGUAAUCUGUCAACCUGUGAUCUUCUCCUGACCUCCGUGAUUGUCCCUUUAAUGAUGAGUGUAACGAUCAAAGAGAAAAUGUCCAUUUCAUUACCUGGAUGCUGUGCACAGCUUUACUUUUUUGGAUCUCUGGCCGGCACUGAAUGUUUUCUUCUUGCGGUCAUGUCCUUUGACCGUUACGUGGCCAUAUGUGAUCCAUUGCAUUACUCUUCAAUCAUGAACUUUCGUAAGUGCAUCCUACUUGCUUUCUGGUCUUGGUUCUCAGCAUUUACCCUCAUAUUGGGCAUUGCAGUUAAUACAUGCAAGCAGGACUUCUGUGGUCCCAAUGUUAUUGACCAUUUUUUCUGUGAUGGUGCUCCACUCCUAAAACUCUCAUGUUCAGACACCACUUUUCUUGAAAUUCAGAACAUUGUCUUGGGUAUUCCAGUAGGUUAUAUACCCUUUCUGUAUAUUACCGCAACAUAUAUCUCUAUUGCCAUUGCAAUACUCCGAAUCCCUACAUCUACUGGAAGGCAAAAAGCCUUCUACACUUGUAGUUCUCACUUGAGCGUUGUGUCCACUUAUUAUGGUACCCUGAUUGUUUCCACUUUUUUUCCAGUCAAAGAUCAGCUUUCAAACACAAAGAAAGCCGUUUCACUUUUAUACACUGUAGUGACGCCAUUGGCGAAUCCUAUUAUUUAUUGUAUGAGGAACAGAGAGUUAAAAAAAGCAUUUUUACAGUUUUGUUCAUAUGUAACAAAUAAACAACCCACUAAUAAUUAUUAG